AUGUCCACCCAAAACACCAUCACGGUCAAUCUGACCCAACUAUCCAAAAUGAUCGACCACUCCCUCCUCCACCCAACCAUGACCGACGCCGAAAUCCUCGCCGGUCUAAAAAUUGCCCGAGACAACAAUGUCGCCACAGCCUGCGUCAAGCCCUACCUCAUCCCUCUUGCCAAGCAGGAGCUCGCAGGCUCCGAUGUCCUCGUCUGUCCAGUCAUCGGCUUCCCCCACGGCAACAGCACCACCGCCAUCAAGGUCGCCGAGGCCACGGCCGCUGCGCAGGCCGGGGGCAAGGAAAUCGACAUGGUCGUCAACGUGGGCAAGGUCCUUGGUGGGGACUGGGCCUAUGUGUCUGAUGAGAUCCGGCAGAUCAAUGAGGUUGUUACGGCUAAUGGUGCGGUUCUGAAGGUCAUUUUCGAGAAUGACUAUUUGCAGUCGGAACAUAUUACCCGGUUGUGUGAGAUCUGUACGGAGAUUGGUGUCGCGUUUGUGAAGACUUCGACGGGGUAUGGGUUUGUGAAGCAGGCCGAUGGAUCUUAUAAUUACAAGGGUGCCACGAUGAAGGAUUUGAAGUUGAUGCGCGCGAAGUCGGGAGAGAAGGUGCAGAUUAAGGCGGCGGGUGGUGUGAGGACGCUGGAUGACUUGUUGCAUGUUAUGAGUCUGGGUGUUACGAGGAUUGGGGCUACCGCUACCAUUGCGAUCUUGGAGGAUGCGAAGAGAAGGGGGAUUGGGAAGGAGCCGGUCGAGGUUUCUUUUAAGCCGAUGAAGGAGGAGGGGGAGACUGGUGGUUACUAA